AUGGGAUUUUCCUUGGAGAUUUCAGGAAAUCCUACUAUUGAGAGUGACAUCAUAAUCGGUCAUUUAGACACAGGUGUGCGGCCUAACUUAGACAGUUUAUCGGACCACGGUUUAGGCCCUGUUCCCCCAAAAUGGAAAGGUGUUUGUAAUGGAGGAAAAAACUUCACUUGCAAUAGAAAGUUGAUCGGAGCGAGGUUCUAUGCCGGAGAAUCGGUAAUAGAUGAUUCAUCAGAGUCUCAUGGGUCUCACACAGCGUCCAUAGCGGUUGGAAGAGUUGCAGAAAAUGCAAACUUUUAUGGUCUUGCAAACGGGACUGCUAGAGGAGGUGUCCCAUCAGCGAGGAUAGCGAUUUACAAAGUAUGUGACUUUGAUUGUCAAGAUAAAGAUGUAUUGGCUGCCUAUGAUGAUGCCAUUGCGGACAAUGUUGAUAUUAUCACUAUUUCAGUUUCAUAUCCACACCCCGUAAACAUAAGUGUAGAUACUAAUGCCAUCGGAUCAUUUCAUGCUAUGGAAAAAGGCAUUUUAACCGUACAAGCGGCAGGAAAUACAUAUGAUAAUAUGUUGAAAUCAGUUACAAGCACGGCACCAUGGUUGUUUACCGUGGCAGGUAGCAAUAUAGAUAGAAAAAUCAUCAGCAAGCUUGUUCUUGGGAAUGGACGCACCUUCAAUAGUAUUGGUGUGAAUCCUUUUAGCACGGGCAAUAGAAAAAAGAGAUUGGUGUAUGGAAAGGAAGUUACUCGGCAUUGUAAUGAGUCAAGUGCAAAGAAAUGUGUGAGAGGAUGUGUAGACCCUUAUUUGAUAAAAGGAAAGAUCCUAGUAUGUGAUGGUGAUGAUUUAAUGUUAAGUUUUGUCGAAACAACUAUGAAUGCAAGUGGGAUUAUUAUGCGAAAAUUUAAGGGAAGAAAUGAUACUGCUGAAACCGUACUUCUACCUACUGCACUUUUGAGUGACCAUGAUUUUCAUUAUAUUAAAUCUUAUCUCAAGUCUAAAUCCACACCCUCUGCACGCUUACUAAAGAGUGUGAUUAUUCACAAUGGUGACCAUAUUUUAGCAUCUUUUUCAUCUUUAGGACCUAAUACAAAAAUACCAGAAAUCUUAAAGCCUGAUAUAACAGCGCCGGGCUUAAAUAUCUUGGCAGAAAGUCCAACAUACAACUUUGAAUCUCAAAACGUGCCUAAUGCGAAAUACAGUAUUCAAUCUGGAACAUCCAUGGCAUGUCCUCAUGUUACUGGUGUGGCUGCCUAUGUGAAAUCAAAACAUCCUGAUUGGUCUAUUUCAGCUAUCAAAUCAUCUAUUAUGACUACGGCUCGGACAAUGAAUAUGAAAUACAAUACAAAUGCUGUAUUUGGUUAUGGAGCUGGACACAUUGAUCCAUUAAAAGCAGCACAUCCUGGUCUUGUGGCCUUUUGUGACAUGAAUGUCGGGUUAGAUCCGGAUGAAAUAGUUGUACAAGAAAAUCGACGGUAUACGGAAAAAGAUCUACCUUAUUUCAUCUCAUUUGGUCCUAAAAUGUCUGCAACCACAUAUUCAACUUACUUCAUCAACGAUUAUGUGUGGAGGGCAGGUGAUUACGGUUCUAAUAGAUCAACGAUGAAUAGUGGUAUUUGCGUUCAUGCCAACGAUGUCGAUUACUAUGGAUUAUUGGAAGAGAUUAUUGAAUUACAAUACCCAGGUCCAUGUUUACGUGUUGUUCUAUUCCAAUGCAAAUGGUUUGAUCCGACAAGAGGUACUAGAGUUAAUCCUACCUACAUAUUGAUUGACGUUAACAUGAAACAUAGAUUAAGGAAAUACGAUCCAUUUGUUCUUGCACAACAAGCCAUGCAAGUUUAUUAUUCGAACUAUCCAACCCCAAUGAAUAAUCCUAAUUGUGAAUGGUUGUCCAUUUUUAAAACAAAAGCAAGGGGAAAGAUUGAGGAAAUAUGGAAAAAUGAAGUGAAGGUGGAGUAUCAACAAGAGUAUCCAAUCAUUGAAUUAUAUAUUCCCCUUGAUAUACCGUUGUACAAUGUUAAUGAUUUGAGUGACCCAAAUAUUUUGAAUGUUGAAUUAGAUGGAUCAGAUAAAAAUGAAUCGCAUGAGAGUGGUUCGGAGGAAACUGAAAACGUAAGUGAUUCAUAUUAUAGUACAAAUGAAGAUGUUGAACCUAUAUUAGGGGAAGAACAAUCCGGAGAUGACAUGUUUUAG